UUCUCCUGCACAAUCACGAAAGUCAUUUCCAACCGUCGAGUUGUGUCUGUAAAAUUUUGAAUUUUGUGUUUGGAUUGGAGGUGAAAUUUUCACAAUCGAACGGAAUCAAAGUUUUCAUUUUUAAUAAAAUUUUGCUCAAAUACAAUGGAAGUGCUAGAUGGCUAUUUGAAAGAACUGCAGAAAACAUUUGAUGAUUUUCGGAAGGAAGAUGUCAAAAGUUUUGAGGAGUACGAGGCCAAGAUGAGGGCUGCUAUUGAAUGUCAAAUCGCGCCCGGCAUGAAAAAACAACGGACUAGUCUGGAGGAAGAUCAAGAUUCGGGUGUAGAUGCAACAACUAUUACGCAAGCGUCGACCGCAACAUCAUCGUCCACUGCUGGCAAUACUCGGCCAUCUCGAUCGGCAAAGACGGCUGCAAGUGGAAAUUUGAAAUUACCGAAACUGGGAACGAAACUUCGACAAGAAAUCAAACUGGAACGAAUCACCGAAUCGAGUACGACAUCAACCCAUUCGAAACAGUCCGAUGCAAAAGAAAACGAUUUCAAUUCACUGAACAUAAAGCGCGAGAAAAUAUCACUUGGCGUACGAUCAAUGGCGAGCAGCAACGAUGACAAAGACUCGUCCAUAUUGGUGAUACCGAACGAAGUGAACAUCAUUACAUUAUCCGAUGACGAUGAUGAUAAUGCUGACGAUAAUAACGGACACAGUGAUGUGGACAAAAUGCCGCCACCAAUGGUGCCCGCUCCAAAGAAACUACCGGCCAAGAAGACUCGUAACACUCACAAAAAUUCCGCUUCGGCCGAGUCGAGUGCAUCGGAGACGAACUCGUCGCAAAACAAUGAACCUUUAGAGCCGAAAAAGACGAGAAAAGGCAAGAAGACGAAGAAACCCGUCCUACCGAUGGUUGAAAUCAAGCAAGAAAAAGAUGCUGUGGAUGACGUCGAAGAAAAUGCCGAAGUUGUCGGAAGUAAGAAAACCAAAGGGAAGAAGAGCUCUGAGAAAACUGACCUGGAAGCUGGUUCAAAGAAUGCAACAAUGGAAUCGGUCUAUGAAGAUGCGUCGGAUAAGAUCCCAUCGCAACCUUCAAAUGGCCUUGCACCAUCUGCUACUUAUGUUCUACCAAAAAAUUCGGCUAAAGAAAAAGGUGAAGCACUCAAAGUCGAAAAUGUUGGGAAAUCAAAGACUUCCUUAAGCAGCAUUUUAACCGAAGACAAUUCUGACGAAGAGGAACCGAUAAUACAACUGCCUAAGAAUGCCAACAAACAAAAAGAACUGUUCAAUCCGUUGGUGCAGAGCCCAAUGAAAGCAAAAGUGGCUGCCUUUGAGAAACUACAAGAAUUCGGCAGUCCAGCUCCGCCAAUUCGUCAAACUCGCACCAAGACCCGACAACUAGCCAAACAAAAUUCCGAAAGCAGCACAUGCAGUGCAAGCAGUACAAACAGUACGUCCAAACUACCGAAACCAACUACACCGUCGGUCGAACUGCGAUAUCCGAUCAAAGAUAGCACUCCACUCGGAAAAACGGUUGGGUCAGUGAGAACUUACUCGGCACAGAAUGCUAUACGCACCCAAAUGUCAUCGUCGUCUACGAAAGUCGGAAGUCUGAGCAGACCAGCGUCUGCACAACCAUUAAAAAUCCGAUCUAGGGACAAUAGUGUUGAGGAUCAGGCGCGAGCGAGAGAGGCAUUGCUGGAGAAGAAACGUAAAGCUGAUGAUCGUGUCAAACGUGCGCAGAUGCAACGAGAGGCUCAGGAAAAGGAGAAAUUGGAUAAGAUGGAGAAGUUGAUGAAAGCCAAGCAGGAAAAAGAAGCGGCAAGAGAAGCUGCAAAGCAACUGAAACAACAACAAGAAAUACAAAAGCAACUCAAGGCUUUAGAACAGAAACGCGAGCGAGAACGUAAACUAAAGGCUGAACUGGCCGAGGCUGCCAAACUGGAACGUGAUCAAAUGUUAAGCAAGAAAAUUGCCGACGAAAAAGCGUAUCUCGACCAAAUGAAACAGAACCGAAAAGAGGAAACGAAACCGACGCUCACAUUCGACAUGCUGGAAACGGAUGAUUCAACGGAUGACGAGGAUACAGUCAGCAAAAAUCGUCCUAAUCGUCCACCGCCACCAGCCUGGAGUUUACGCGCCAACUCCAAGCGUGAAAUAAUUCUACAAGCCGGAGUGAGUGUGAACACAAUCGAUAAACUGUUCUCAUGCAAACCGACCACACCGGAUCUGGCUGCAAUAUUUCCACAAAUCGAGGAGAAACAUUUGCAACGGAAUUCAAGUGCCUUCUGGAACACACCGCCAAGAUAUUCCGAGUUGCCGAAGUAUUAGAACCAUUGGCUUCGGAAUUUUUAAUUUUUAGCUAAGUCGAUGGGAAAGGAGAGGAAAAGCGAAAAUAAUUUCAUUUCGCGUCCGCAACCGCAUGCGUUAAUGUUUUCUUCCUUGUUUUUUCGUUAAAUUAGUUUCAAUGUUCGAUAUGUUGCUCUGGUUAGUUUUUAUUGAUGAAAAAAAAACUGUUGCUGUUGUUUGUGGGCGUGUCUGUCUCUCUCUGCAUUGUAUAAUUUGAUAACAAUUUUAAUUUUAAUUUUUUUUACGAUGAUUGAUGUUAGCCAAAUCGAGUUAGUUGUGUCCAAAACUUAUUAUUUUUACCAUCAGUGUGACUCAAUGAAAUUCCAAGUGCAAAUUAAAUUUGUUUCUACUUGAGCUCCAAAAU